AUGAACGGAAUUAUCCGCGUUGGCCUGAUCGGGGCCGGGGCAAACACGCGACUGCGCCACAUACCCGGGUUCCGCGAGCAGCGCGACGUUGAAAUCGUCGCCGUUGCCAACCGCAGCCGGGAGUCCGGCGAGAGGAUUGCCGGCGAGUACGAGAUCCCCAAGGUCUACGACAACUGGGUCGAGCUGCUGCACGACGAUUCCAUUGACGCGGUCUGCAUCGGCACGUGGCCGUACAUGCACCGCAACCUUGUGCUGGCCUCGCUGGAGUCGGGAAAGCACGUGCUGACCGAGGCGCGGAUGGCGAUGAACGCCGACGAGGCGCACCAGAUGCUGGACGCGAGCCGCCUGAGUCCGGAGCUGGUGACGCAGAUCGUGCCGGCCCCGCAGACGCUCCAGGUCGACAACACGGUCAUCGACCUCCUCAACGACGGUUACGUGGGCGACAUUCUCGCCGUGCGACUGCGGGUCUGCGACAACCACGCCCGGGCCAACAGGGCAGACACGUUCAUCGACUACGACGCUCCGCUGCAUUGGCGGCAGGACCGCAACCUGAGCGGCUACAACAUCCUCGCAUGGGCAUCUGGUACGAGACCAUCAUGCGCUACGUGGGCCCGGCAACGAAAGUAA